UAGCAGGACUCUGGUCCAGUAGACAGUGAAGGGUUGUCAGACUUGCUCAAGCUGUCUGUUCAUGCUGGACCCACUCACUUAUUCUACAGUUUUUAAUCAACGUUGAGUUAUGAAAGUCUGCCUUUUCAAAUUAUAACCCGGAAGACGGAAGUUACUGGCAAACAUCAGGGAAUCCAGGGAUUGAAAGAGAAGGAUUUAGCAGAAAGCAACCCCGGUGGGUCUGGCUCUCUGUGUCAGUGCGCGUGGGAAUGGCAGCUCCCCGACCGAUUAAAGGCAUCCUUAAAAACAAAAACAGCGGCAGGAAUUUUAGAUCCCUGCCCGAGGAAGCGCCGGGGGAGAACACCGAACAUGGCCCGGGACUCUCGGAGGAUGAGCACCAAAAGAAAUCUGCCAAAUGGGAUGAGAUGAAUAUCCUGGCGACAUACCAUCCUCCGGACAAAGACUACGGCCUGAUGAAGAUCGAUGAACCCAGCACACCUUAUAACAGGAUGGUUGGUGAUGAGGAGGAUGAGGGCGCACUCAGUGACUCAGAUGGCCAUGCCGGUGGGCUCAAGCCUGAUGACCUGGCCUCAAAGCUAGAGGCGGCUGAGGGGGCGGAGCCUCGCUUCAUGCAGGAAGAGGAAGAAAGCAGCGAGGAGGAGGAAGAGGAGCUGACUCCAGAAGAGCAAGCCAAAAAGAAGCAAUUUCAGAUGAUGAGGAAGAUGCAUUAUAACGAGGGUAUGAACAUAAAACUGGCUCGCCAGCUCAUUGCCAAUGAGUUAGAAGAAGAGGAAGAGGAGGAUGAGGAUGAAGAGAUGAGGGAUGACACAGAGGACCUAAGGGAGGAGACGGAGGAGAUCAGCGUAGACCCGCCACAGGAAGCUGAUUCCCUGGAGUCAUAGAGGACGCCUCCUACCUUCAGAUCAAGAUGCAGUGAGACGUAUUCGAUCGCAUCUGGGACUGAAAGUCGUGACAUGCAGCAAACACCACUUCACCGCCUGUGUAACAUCUCCCAACAGCCAAUAAAAUUACUGGUCUCUUCUUUGUCUCCACCAUUCCAAAAAAACUGUGCAAUAGUUCUUUUUUUUUUAAAUAAGAAAAAUGGUUCAGCUGCAGGAAUAAUUCCAACAUGUGAAGACUGUUGCUUGUCCCCCCUCCCUCUCCUGUUGCCAAGAAUGCUCUCCUCACACCUCUGCUGGACUGAAGUAAUCAGACCCUAAAAGGAGGAUCAAGGCCUUUUAAAAACUAAGAAUGAACUUUAUAUAAGCUGGAGCUUAUUCUGGCUGAAACAUCAUGUUAGUUGUGGAGGAAGCCUGGGGAAAGGCAGCUGCUGUUUCAUCCGCUCUGAUACCUUUCCCUGUUUUCCUUUGUGACCGAUCACACUGCUGCACCAUCAGUUUAUGUCGCAAAGAAUACCUGAAACUGCUUCCGUAACAGAAAAUAUCGGCAUGUUAUGAUUAAUAGUUUGGGCAACAUAUUACUCUAAAUUGUAUUAUCCAAGUAUUAGGCAUCUAACAAACAAGAUUUGACUCAUUAAGUUUCUUGAUCGUCUCAUUUUCAAGCUCAUCUUUAAAAACAAACGAUGUUUUUGUCGUAAGGAAGUAUUGUGCACAGCCUCAGUUCAGGUUUACAUGCGUUUGUCACAGAUCUGAAUAUCUUUAGGUACAUUGUUUGUUCACUGGAAUUAUUUUUCAUCCUUUCAAGAUACAUUUUUUAAAGACUAAGACCGGACGAGCUGGUCAGUUUAACGUGUUUCUUCAGUAUUUUUUUUAUUUUAAAGAUCACAAGGAGGACCGUAGAGGAGAGCUGCUGAUCGAUCUUAUAUGAGGGCUGCAUUUGAAGGAAAGUCAGAAUAAUGUGAAAUUUUUUCUUUUAUUUCUGAUGUUUGCAUGACUCUGCUUAGGAUCGUCACGUUUGUAAUGCUACCGACUCCCGUCGGAGGCGGAGUUAAACCACUACAGCUUAUUGGAGGUGCUUUAAGGACGUUUGCUUUUGAGGGACAGCCACUCGUCGGGUUUGUUCCUGCUUUAGUCUUAAAAGGAAAAAAACAGUCAUUCGUUGUGACUCGGACCUGGUUGCUGCAUUCACUGUGAAUUCACUCGAACAGAGUGUUUGGAACAGAAGCAUGCAGAAAUCAUAGGUAUGUCUUAUCUCUUUCAUUUCCUGUCGUCCUUUAACCCAAAUACAGUAGGUCCCAGAUAAUGGUAGGACUCCUGCCAAAGUCUCUGUGCAUUUUUUUUUUUUUAAAGUAAAUCAACAAGCAGGAAUUUCUUUAGAGAUAUUUGACAUUACUGUUUAGAUAAUGAGUAAACAUGAACACGACGUGAGCCCAUUGAAGCUGGGAUGAUUCUUAUUUUUGAGAGAAAAACAAGCGAUGGGGAUCAUCUUGUAGGUGGAUGUUACCUGACUAAUGUGCCUCUAAUGACUACUUAUACAUGUGUUAUAAGUGAACAACCUCCAUUUAUAUUUUUUGCGUAUUUUACUUCUUUUUAUUUUCUUCGAUAUUCUGCCCUGUCUUUGCUUUGUUUUUGUUUUUUACGUGGAUAGAUGUUAAAGCAGCUUGUUGCAUUGGGGAUGCACCAAUCAGAUCUUUUUCUGGCCAAUUACAAUUUCCGGUUUUCUAUUUAAUUUGACCUUUUAUGAUUGUCUUUUUUUCCUCUUCCCUUAGUGAUUGUUAUGCAAAGAUGGAAAACUAUGCUGUGGGUUCUAAACG